UCCAUUGGGCAAUCCGAUUUAUGUUAGUAUUUAGUUUUGUUCAUAUUUGUUAGUGAACGUAUUACAUUGUUAAUAUUAAUAAUUGUAAAAUAAUUUAUAUAUUUGUUUCUGUGUGAAUCAAUAUGGCUCAGUUUGAUGGACAUGCUGCUAAAAGACAACGAACUGAUAAUGAAGGUGGCAGAGAUUUCAGUGGAGGGAAUUACUAUAACAAUAGUAACAACAGCUAUAACAGAGGACCACCUUCAAGAAGAGAGGGGUUUGAAGAAAAGCCCAAUCACAUCUUGCUCAUUACUGUUAUGAAUCCUGCCUACCCAAUAACCACUGAUGUUAUUCAUACAAUUUGCAGUCCUAGUGGAAAAGUUUUGAGAAUUGUUAUUUUCAAGAAGAAUGGUGUUCAAGCAAUGGUUGAGUUUGACAGCUUGGAAGCUGCAGAAAGAGCAAAGCAGUCUUUGAAUGGAUGCGAUAUCUAUUCCGGAUGUUGUACAUUGAAGAUUGAAUUUGCAAAGCCUACCCGAUUAAAUGUGUACAAGAACGAUAAUGAAAGUUGGGACUAUACAAAUAAUGCAUUAGGUAAACCACCUGGAGCUGAUAGACCAGCUUUGCUUCAAGAACCUCCCCGAGGUUAUGGACCACAAGGAAAUGCCCCUCCUUAUGAUAGUAGAGGACCACCUCCUUAUGAUGGAGGUUUUGAUGAUUAUAUGCCAGGACCGCGAGGACCUCGUGGUGCCGAUCCUUAUGGACCAGCUGGUCGAGAUCCUUAUGGUGGUCCAGCACCACCCGAAAGAUUUGGCCGCGAUCCUUAUCGUGGUGAAGGUCCUCCUCCUGUAUCGCCUCGAGGCCCAGGCUAUGGACCAGGCGGACCUCCUCCACCACCAGGCGCUACUCAACAAGGCUCUGUGAUGAUGGCUUAUGGAUUAAAUCAUGAAAAAAUGAAUUGUGACAAGCUUUUUAAUAUCCUUUGCUUGUAUGGAAACAUUGUUAGAAUCAAGUUCUUGAAAAGUAAGGAGGGAUGUGCUAUGAUUCAAAUGGGUGAUCCCAUCUCCGUUGAAAGAGCUGUUUCAAAUCUGAACGGAUCUGUGUUUUUUGACUCCAAACUGCAACUUGGGUUUUCCAAACAAGCCUUCCUUAAUGAUGUACCACAACCAUUUACCUUGCCUGAUGGCACUCCAUCAUUUAAAGACUAUAUGGGUAAUAGAAAUAACAGAUUUACUAAUCCUGAAGCUGCAAGUAAGAACAGAAUUCUUCCUCCAUCAAAAAUGCUGCAUUUCUUUAAUGCUCCUUUUGGUAUCUCUGAAGACGAGAUGAAGAAGGUUUUUGAAGAUAAAGACGUGACACCUCCAAGUAGUGUUAAGCUUUUUACUUCCAAAAAUAAAUCUGAGAGAAGUUCUUCCGGAUUGAUUGAAUUUGCUACAAUCAAUCAGUCACUUGAAGGUUUAGCUGUGUGCAAUCAUGUACCUAUUCCAAAUCCAUCUGGAAAAUUCCCUUAUAUUUUGAAACUAUGCUUUUCUUCAACUGGUAGUGGAAGUGGCAGCCGUAGUGGUCCAAGGGGUGGAUACUAAGGACUAUGGUGUUUGUCACCGUAAUUGAUGCAUCAUCGUGGAAAUCACCCGAUUUUAAUCUAGACAAACUGCUGCUAUUAAUGUAUGCCCUUGUAUUAGAUGUCAUCUUGUUGAUUCAAUUUCAUUUUUCAUCCCUUUUCUAGUUUGGAUAUUUGUAGCUGAACUGUUUGUGUAUUCAUUUAUUAUAAUAAAUGUAUUAAUAAGAACCAAA